AUGAAGAAACUUGCAAAAAGUACAAAGGGCUAUUGGAGAAAAAAUGGACAGGAGUGGCUCGACUACAGAGGAAGGCAGGAUUCCUGGAGCUUUUCCUUAGGCCACUCGCAAGGAGUGGGGCUGAUCGAUUCACAGAUAUUAGAAUUAGAGUCCAGCAUCGCCGGCCUGAAAGCCGAGCUCGAUUCCGUCGCACCCCGGAAACGGUCGAAACAGAAUAUAGACCCCGCAGAUUGGCUUCCCGGAUUGUCCUCAACGCAUCUACUCGAAUCACACAGAGACACCGUAACGUGCAUUGCCUUCCAUCCCCUGUUCACAUCGCUCGCCUCGGGGUCUGAAGAUUGCAUGAUCAAAAUAUGGAACUGGGAAUUUGGUCAACUGGAACGGACUCUCAAGGGACACGUGAGACCGGUGUCUGGCCUUGAUUUCGGCGGCCAGAAAGGGAACACUCUGCUAGCGUCCUGUUCGAGCGAUACUACGAUCAAGCUUUGGGAUCCUAACGAGAAUUAUGCGAACAUUCGAACCCUCGUCGGUCACGAUCACUCCGUUUCGGCUGUGCGUUUCCUCACACCCACAGGGAAUCGUCUUGUCUCGGCUAGCCGAGACGGAACUAUUCGAAUAUGGGAUGUGUCGUCAGGAUAUUGUGUGAAAGUGAUUGACUCAGAGGGCGCCUGGAUUCAAGACGUGUGGCCUUCGUUCGACGGUAAAUGGCUAGUCUCAGGUGGCCGCGACAAAGCAGCAACAAUCUGGGAGGUCGCAUCAGCCGAGUCAAAGGUGUCGUUGUUUGGGCACGAACAUUAUCUCGAGUGUUGCGUGUUUGCUCCUCCCGCGAGUUAUAAAAAUCUAGCUACUCUUGCUGGAUUGAAGAAGCCGCCUUCCGCACAUAGCUCAUCCGAGUUUAUCGCGACGGGAGCUAGAGACAAGACAAUCAAGCUAUGGGAUGCCCGGGGAAGGUUGAUCAAGACCCUUGUUGGCCAUGACAACUGGGUAAGAGGACUGGUGUUCCAUCCCGGGGGGAAGUAUCUGAUCAGUGUCGCCGAUGAUAAGACAAUACGUUGCUGGGACCUCUCCCAAGAGGGGAGAUUAGUGAAGACAAUCGACAAUGCCCACGCACAUUUUGUCAGUUGUAUUCAGUGGGGGCCGAGCAGCAUAGGUGACCACUCAACAGUGGAAUCGGAUACGGCCGACGGAAGAGUCAGCAAGGAUGUCAACGGGCCUGGGUUUCAAUGCGUCAUUGCAACUGGGAGCGCCGAUUCAUGCGUACGUGUCUUUACUUAA